AUGGCGGAAGUUGAGCCAAAGGUUGAGGAUGAGAUGGUUGGAGGUGAAGAGGAGGAAGGAAAUGAUGAGGAGGACAUCUUGGCGAUGAAACGCAGAGUCGCAGAGAUGGAAGAGGAGGCAACAAAGCUUCGAGAGAUGACGGCGGUGCUCGAGCAGCAAAGUAGUGAACUGCGGGAGGACAAGGAGGACAUCGAUUCGAGGAGUAUCUUCGUUGGAAACGUUGACUACGAGGUCUCGCCGGAAGAGAUUCAAGCACACUUCCAGAGCUGCGGCCCCAUCAAUCGUGUUACCAUCCUGCUCGAUAAAUUCACCGGCCAACCAAAGGGGUAUGGGUAUGUGGAAUUUACGGAGCCAAGCAUUGUUGCUCACGCUCUUCUCUUGAAUGAGAGUGUCCUUCGUGGACGUAACUUGAAGGUUACUCCUAAGCGUACAAAUCUUCCUGGUAUGGCUAGUCGUGGUGGUCGCGGAAGAGGCAGAGGUAGAGGAGGUUUUAGUAGUAGAGGUUUCACACCCCGUGGAGGAGGAUAUCGAGGUGGCUACAGAGGCCGUGGACGAGGAUUUGUUCCGUACUAG